AUGGCGUCGCGUCCUCAGAAUGUCGGCAUCCUCGCCAUGGAGCUCUACGUCCCACCCAGCUUCGUCUCCCAGACGGAGUUGGAGGUGCACGACGGCGUGAGUGCGGGCAAGUACACCAUCGGGUUGGGGCAGGACGAGCUUGGUUUCUGCUGCGACCAGGAAGACGUCAUCUCCAUGAGCCUGACUGUUGCCCAACGGCUCUUAGAGAAGAACGGCGUAGACGCAUCACGCAUAGGGCGGCUGGAGGUGGGCACAGAGACAGUGAUCGACAAGAGCAAGUCCAUCAAGACCGCCAUCAUGACUCUCUUUGAGGCCAGCGGCAACGCUGACGUGGAGGGCGUUGAUUCGUGCAACGCGUGCUACGGUGGCACGGCUGCGCUGCUGAACAGCGUUAAUUGGGUGGAGGGGUCGUCGUGGGACGGCCGUUUUGCCAUCGUUGUUGCUGUUGACAGCGCUGUGUACGCGGAGGGCCCAGCGCGGCCAACAGGAGGAGCAGGCGCGGUGGCGAUGCUGGUGGGGCCAGACGCGCCCCUGGCAUUCGAGAGUGGGCUGGCGGGCAGCUAUGCCGCCCAUGCGUACGACUUUUACAAGCCCAAACUCGCCAGUGAAUACCCUGUGGUGGACGGCAAGCUAUCUCAGACGUGCUACACUAAGGCGCUCGACCACUGCUACCAACGCUUCUGUGACAAGUACGCCAAGAAGCAUGGCUCUGCGUUCUCACUGGCUGAUACUGAAUCCGUGGUCUUCCACUCUCCCUACAACAAGCUGGUGCAGAAGAGUCUGGCACGGCUAGUGUUCAAUGAUGUGAAGAGGGGAGUGAGCAGCGCAUAUCUGGGUGCAGGAGAGGCGGACGCACUGCAGCCGUUUGUGGGGCUGGAGGAAGAGAAGAGCCUCGUGGACCGAGACCUGGAGAAGACGGCCAUGCGGGUGGCAGGGCCGGUGUACAGCAGCAAGGUGGGCCCCACCACCCUCGUGGGCAAGCGUGUGGGCAACAUGUACUGCGCCUCGCUCUAUGGCAGCCUCUCAUCGCUUCUUGCACAGCAAGGGCAGCAACUGGAGGGCCAUCGCAUAUUGCUCUUCUCGUAUGGCUCUGGCCUCAUGUCCACCCUCUUCUCGCUUACCGUGCGCCAAGCUGCUGACCCAUUCUCCCUCGCCACACUCACCUCUCAUCUGGAUGUGCACCAGCUGCUCGAGUCUCGCACCAAGUGUGUAUUGACUGUCGAUCCCUUCUCCCUAGCUGCUCUCACACUCACUGUUCAUCUCGAGAAGCACCAGCUGCUGGAUUCUUUCACUCACACAGACAAGCUCCUCCCCUUCCUGCUCCCCUUUCUGUUACCAGGGUUCUUCUUAGCGACAUAUUUUUGUGUCUGCAUUUCCUUUGCCCCGUCCGUCCCGUCGUCGUACCUCGCUCAUACGCGCAACGCCAGCAUGCAGCCAGCAGCACCCCCCGCGGGUCAAUGGGGAGGAGCACAAGCCGCGACCGGCGCUGGCGCAGGCGGAGCGGAUGAGCCACGGACGCUGUGGGUGGGGGAUCUGCAGUACUGGAUGGACGAGACUUACUUAUGGAACGCGUUUGCGUCCACGGGCCAGGGCAACGGGGCAGCCGGCGGAGUAAAAGCUAGUGGAGUUCAAUUGAACUGCUACCUAGUUAUCCCUCCCCAAACCCGCUACCUCCCCCCCUUUACUGUGGUUGCUAACGCUAAAAUCAUCCGCAACAGGGCGACAGGGCAGCCCGAGGGGUACGGGUUCGUGGAGUUCACGACUCAUGCAGCAGCGGCGCAGGCGCUAGCGACCUACCAGGGCACGCCCAUGCCUCAGGCGGAGCAGCAGCCCUUCCGCAUCAACUGGGCCGCGUUUGGCGCGGGGGAAAAAGGUGGCGGCCGCCCAGCGGACGGGCAGGAGUUCUCCAUAUUCGUGGGUGACCUCGCUCCAGACGUGAACGACUACCUUCUCUGUGAAACCUUCCGCUGCCGCUACGGCUCUGUCAGAGGCGCCAAGGUGGUGGUGGACAAUGUGAGUGGGCGCACCAAGGGUUACGGCUUCGUGGUGGUGGACAAUGUGAGUGGGCGCACCAAGGGUUACGGCUUCGUCCGAUUCUCCUCGGAGGAGGAGCGGGACCGCGCAUUGCACGAGAUGAACGGCCAGAUGUGCUCCUCGCGCCCCAUGCGCAUCAGCGUCGCCACUCCCAAGAAGCCCGGGGCGCCGGGGCAGGGUAAGGGGAAGAGGUCGGGGCAGGAUGGGCAUCGCCACUCCCAAGAAGCUCUGAGCGCUGGGGCUAGCAUCGCCACUUACAAGAAGCCCCGACCGGAGCUCCUGUCCCAAAGCAUCCUCUUUCUUUACGACCCGGAAUUUCCCCUUCUUUCAGGUGGUGCGCCGGGUGGGCAAGGGGGAGGUGCACGGGCGGGGCCCCAGCCCCAGCCACAGGGACCCGGGGGAGAGGACGACCCCAGCAACACCACGGUGAGUGGGCAGUGUGGGGAUUUUCAAGGCAAGGGGAGGGAAGGGGAGAGGGCAGGACCCCAGCCCCAGCCACAGGGGCCCGGGGGAGAGGACGACCCCAGCAACACCACGAUAUUUGUGGGAGAGUUGGACCAAAGUGUGACGGAUGGGCAGCUGGGAGCAUUGUUUGGGCCGUGGGGCAAACCGGGGUUGCUGUGUUUUGAGUCAAGCUUAAAGCAACCUUCUUCCCGCCCCCGUCCUGUUUCACGGCAGAUUUUUGUGGGAGGUUUGGACCAGAGUGUGACGGACGAGCAGCUGAGAGCGGUGUUUGGGCCGUGGGGCGAGCUGGUAUACGUGAAGAUCCCAUUCGGCAAGGGCUGUGGCUUCGUGCAGUUCCGACAUCGAUCACAGGCAGAGGAGGCGCUGAGGAAUAUGCACGGCACGGUCAUUGGGCAGCAGUCUGUGCGGCUCUCAUGGGGACGCAAUCCUGCCUCAAAGCGUACCUCGACAUACCCCUCGCAAGGCUCUCAGUGGCAGCAGCCGCAGCAGCAGCACGAUCCCAAUGCAGCAGCGGCAGGUGGUUGGGGCGCUGCUGCCGGUAACACUGGUUACUACGGAGGGCUUGGCCUCAAGCUCAAGCUGCUCCAGCUGCAGCGGCAGCAUCUCCCGCCACAACACCAGCACCACAAAGUGCAGCAGCAGCGCCUGCUUCUGGAUUUGCAGCUGGAGUUACCCCAGAACCCUUCGAUCCCCUGCGCCCCAUUGACGUGGACAAGAUGA